CGCUUCAUUGUUCAAGCCUGGAGAGUUUGGCAAUGAGAGCAGCGAUAGAUGCUUUGGUAACCGUCGGUGCGCUUCCUUAUGCUCACCGCCUGCUCCAAUCUCUCACUUUCAGUUCAAGAGACCAUCUUCGCCUCUCCGCUCCCCGCUCUUGUUUCCGCCGCAUCUCCGCCAUGGCUUCCGCCUUCAAGCCGGAGGAUGCUAGGGCUCCUCCUGCCGUCCAGCUUCCAUCCUUGCCUGUAUCUAAGUUUAAGAUCGCGUUAUGUCAGCUAUCGGUGACUGCUGACAAGGAGAGGAACAUCAGUCAUGCCCGCCGUGCGAUUGAGGAAGCUGCAUCGAAGGGAGCCCAGCUUGUUCUCUUGCCUGAGAUUUGGAAUAGCCCGUAUUCGAAUGACUGUUUUCCUAUUUAUGCGGAGGAUAUCGAGGCUGGUGGUAAUGCAGCACCAUCAGUUGCGAUGCUAUCCGAGAUUGCUCGGAGCUUGAAGAUAACGAUUGUGGGUGGUUCAAUUCCGGAGAGAUCAGGGGAUCAUUUGUAUAAUACUUGCUGCGUGUUUGGCACUGAUGGGAAACUCAAGGGCAAGCACCGGAAGAUACAUCUUUUUGAUAUUGAUAUUCCGGGAAAGAUUACCUUUAAGGAAUCGAAGACUCUUACUGCCGGCCAACAUCCUACCAUUGUAGAUACAGAUGUUGGCCGAAUUGGUAUAGGGAUAUGCUAUGACAUCCGCUUCCAGGAGCUUGCAGCGUUGUAUGCGGCAAGAGGUGCUCAUUUGAUAUGCUAUCCUGGUGCAUUCAACAUGACUACUGGUCCAUUGCAUUGGGAAUUGCUGCAAAGGGCAAGGGCUACUGAUAAUCAGUUAUUCGUUGCAACUUGUUCUCCAGCCCGUGAUGCUAGUGCGGGCUACACAGCUUGGGGUCACUCAACACUUGUUGGACCAUUUGGAGAAGUAAUAGCAACUACUGAACAUGAGGAGGCGAUCAUCGUGGAAGAGAUUGAUUACUCAUUAAUUGAGCUCAGAAGGUCAAAUCUACCUCUUGAGAAGCAACGACGAGGUGAUCUGUAUCAAUUGGUAGAUGUCCAAAGGUUGAAUGAUGACUGACUAUUUAUUCUGCCCCAAUUUGAUGCUGUCAAAACUUUUGCUUCACCUGCAAAAUAAUAUGUUUGUCUCUUGUCAUAUACCAUGCCAUACUGAAGGUAUUGCUACAAGUCCUUGAAUAAAUUAUCUAUUCUCCUUCAUUCAGUAGACACUGUAAAUGAUUCUAUCCGCAUGCAUUGUUUGCGAGGAACUAAUCUUUAUUUUGCCAUAAUUUUUACAAAUCCUUCAGAUCAA